GUCCGACUGUCACCACGGAAACCCCUUUGGCUGAACCAUGUCUGCUUUGGAAAAGAAUCUCCAUAUGGGGCGGUUACCACCACGACCCACAAUGCCCGGGGGGCUUCAAUCUGGAUCUAAAAUGAGAAUGGGACCCGGCAGAAAGCGGGACUUCUCCCCUGUACUUUGGAGUCAGUACUUUGAAUCCAUGGAAGAUGUUGUGGUUGAAAGCGAGACAGGCAAAGACAGCUUUCGCGUUUACAGAAGUGGCUCUGAGGGGCCAGUGUUGCUUUUACUUCAUGGAGGUGGUCACUCUGCACUCUCCUGGGCUGUGUUUACUACUGCAAUAACCAGCAGAAUACGCUGCAGAGUGGUGGCAUUAGAUCAGAGGGGACAUGGUGAAACAAAUGUAAGGCAUGAAGAUCUAAUUUACGGAAGAUCCUUUAUCCGGAAAACCCCAAGUCCCUUGCAUUCUGUAUAACAGAUCCCAUACCUAUAUUACUGUUUUAUUUAGGGAUUCAUCUUGCUUCCCUUUCCUGUAGCUUUCCAACCUGAUGCUGAAAGGCCACAUUAUCUUUAUCCACAGCAGCAGCACUUUCUGCCACCCACACUUUUCUACUGACAGUUGCACUUCCACUAGAUCCAUAAAGCAAUACAGGUAUGGGAUCCGUUAUCCAGAAUUUAAAUCUACUAGAAAAUCAUAUAAACAUUAAAUAAACCCAAUAGGCUGGUUUUGCUUCCAAUAAGGAUUAAUUAUAUCUUAGUUGGAAUCAAGUAGAAGCUACAGCUAUGGGACCUGUUAUCCAGGAUGCUCGGGACCUGGGGUCUUCCGGAUAAUGGAUCUUUCUGUAAUUUGGAUCUUCAUACCUUAAGUCUACUAGAAAAUAAACAUUAAAUAAACCCAAUAGGCUGAGUUUGCUUCCAAUAAGGAUUAAUUAUAUCUUAGUUGGGAUCAAGUACAAGUGACUGUUUUAUUAUUACACAGAAAAAGGAAAUUGUUUUUAAACAGAGUAUUUAAUUAUAAUGGAGUCUAUGGGAGAUGGGCUUUCUGUAAUUUGGAGCUUUCUGGAUAACGGGUUUCCUGGUAAUAAUGGAUCCCGUACCUGUGUAUAAACGGUCACUUGUCUGUUAGUAAGUGUCGCUGGGAUUGAGAGGCGACAUUGAGGAUAUUAGGGGUACUUGUAUUUUUGGGCCUUCUGUUAAACCCAUUCUAGCUUUAUUUUGCCCCAUGUAUAAAUGUUAUUUACUGCCAGAAAUAAUACAAAGCUGUGGAAAUGGCAAACCAGUUUGGAUCCAGCACUGAUUUUCAGAUCUUUGUUUCUACUGGUCCAUGCUGUUUUCUGAUUGGCUGCGAAGCCGAGUCCCACUUCCCCUCUAUUAAACUGGCCCACGGAAAUAUGUGACAGUAUUAUUUGUAUAUCUAAUCGAAUAGCAAAUCUAUUUACAAUUCAGCAAACUAACAGACUGUGUAUUGGGACCCUGCAGUUGUUGGCUGGUGGUGGGACGCUGGGAGUUGUAGUUCAGUGACAUCACAUAACUACUUGCAGUUGAGCGGUGGAUGAAAUGGGUUUUUGUUAUUUAAUGAAUGUAAUCCCCUUAAUUAGUCUGCUGGGGGCACAAUAUUAAAGUCGUCGGUAAAUCCGUAUCUGAUUAAUUCUGCAGUAGACGUUGGGUCGAUGAUCGUGAAGGAGACAAAUGGCAGGAGGCGUGGCUUUAUACUGGGGGCGGGAUCAUCACUUACUGUACAUCUGUACUUACUGUGGAUUUCUGCUUGGGAAUCUCAUUAAUAAAAUGUAAAACUGCUGUUU